UUCUGUUGACCUGGGUGAGUCUGAUUACUCAUACACGGCCCACCGCACACAGCGGAACCAUAAUCAACAAAGAGAGGUGUCCCAUUUUUUGGCAAAUAUUUUGUUACUACUGGCAUGACGGCCUUGGUAACACCUGGUGACAAACCAGUUCACUUUCUCACUGCCACCUGGGAAAUGCUUUCAGGGGGUGGGGCAAAGGUUUAUAUAGCUGCAGCAGCUGACAGCAGGGACAUACACACUGUUUGACUGCUGUGAAAAAGAGACAUUAACCAAUGGAAGACAUACAUGUACAAUAUGUCAACCUGGAAAAAUCUGAGAACCUGGCGAAGCACAGGACUGAGGGCUUCAGCUGCUCCAAAGCCCUGGUGGUGCGAAGAGGAGCCCCAUUCAAAAUCAGUCUGCGGCUGGAGGGCCGACCCUUCAACCCCAAGACUGACUCUUUGAGGGUCAAAGUGAUGCUAGGUCACCUGUAUGUGAUAAUGCCAGUCACUUUCUCCAAGAAGGUUUCGUCCUCUGGGUGGAAAGCCUACAUUGACCCAGAAGACUUGAACCUCCAGAACCCCUCCAUCUUCAUCUUUUCUCCUGCCUCUGCCUCUGUGGGUUGCUACAAGUUUCAGCUGGGUUUGCUCUCUCAGGGCGGCCAGCGGAGGAACGCCUUCAGCAAAUUCAUCCUGCUCUGCAAUCCCUGGUGUCCUAAGGAUGCAGUCUAUAUUCCCUUUGAGGACCAGAGAGAGGAAUAUGUCCAGAACGACUCUGGCUUGCUGUUUAUGGGAACAGCUAUGAACCUUGUGUCAAGACCAUGGUCCUUUGAUCAGUAUGAGCCCGGUGUUCUGGAGACAUGUUUGAAUCUGCUCCAAGUCAGCCCUAAGCACCAAAACAAUCGAAGACUUGACUACCUGAACCGAAACAACCCCGUCUACAUCAGCCGGGUUGUGUCUGCCAUGAUUAACUGCGAAGAUGACUGUGGGGUCCUGAAAGGGAACUGGUCGGAUGACUUCAAACAAGGAGUUAAUCCCUCCGUGUGGACGGGGAGUGGAGACAUCUUGAGGCUGUGGGCCCAGUCUGGUUACAGCCCAGUCAAGUACGGACAGUGCUGGGUGUAUGCAGCUGUCAUGUGCACAGUGAUGAGAGUUCUUGGCAUUCCCAGCCGUGUUGUCACAAACUUCAACUCUGCUCACGACACCAAUGGCAACCUAGGGAUUGAAGAAUACUACAGCGAAACAGGGCAGAAGCUGAACCACAGCAAAGACAGCAUAUGGAACUUCCAUGUCUGGGUGGAGUGCUGGAUGACUCGUCAGGAUCUGGGAUCUGGAAUGGAUGGCUGGCAGGUUCUGGACCCUACCCCUCAGGAGAGGAGUGGAGGAGUGUUCUGCUGCGGCCCAGCUCCAGUCAAAGCAAUCAAGGAUCGGCAUAUCAACGUGCUUUAUGACAUCCCCUUUGUCUAUGCUGAGGUGAACGCCGACGUCCACACAUUCAUAGUGGGCCAGGGUCGCGUGCUCAGCCACAGCAAAGACACAGACAGAGUUGGAUCCCUCAUCUGUACCAAAGCUGUUGGCUUCCCCAGGCUCCAGAACAUCACAGAAGACUACAAAUACAUCAAAAGCCCGACUUCAACACUAACAUCAAGAAGCUCCGCAAUAUCAGAAGACUCAACAUUGAGGAAUGGCUCAUCCAAGGGAGCGUUAGUCAUCCUGACCCUGGAUAAAGGUCCAGUUGCUGGAGAGCCCAUCCGCUUAACGGUGAAAUUCAUCAACAAGCAGAGUGUUUUCAAGAUGAUGUCGGUGCACCUCAACGCGCAGGCAAAAGAAUACAACCACAACCCCUCAGACACCUUCUGGGAAACCCACGGCAUCAUAAAGCUGGCACCCAUGGAAGUCAAGGUGCUACGACAGCAGAUCCUCCCAGCCCAGUAUGAGAAUGUCGUGGGAGACAACCUGAUCAACCUCGCGGUAGUCCUGGAGGACAUGGCCACUCAGGAGCGGGUCCUGGCCUCAGAGGAGUUCAACAUUGCCAGCCCACAGCUCACCAUACAGGUUGCAGACGAAGACUCCAUUGUGCCCAACAAGGAGCAGAGUGCCACAGUGACCUUCACCAACCCAUUUUCUCACGCAGUGGGAGGAGUGCUGACUGUGGCCGGGGCCGGGCUGAUCCCGGACAAGAUUAACUUUAGGAUGCUGCCACUGCGUCCAGGAGGAAAAGUGGAGCAGCGCUUCACUUUCAUCCCCAGCAUGUUGGGAACGAGGAUGCUGCGGGGUAGCCUGUCACUGUCAAACAUCAACGCCACAAUACAAGGAUUUAGGAUGGUCUUUGUCAACAGAGCUUAGAUCCUUUUUUUCCCCCUUUUUUUAAAAAAAACCCCCAAAAAACUCUCAUUCGGCUCAGUUGUCCCAUUUGAGCACAAUAAUUACAUUUCUGAUGUCAGCGUUUGUGCUUCAGGGACAGCUUUUUAUUUAGGUUGGAACAACUAAGUCUCCCAGCCGAAGCCAGAACUUGGCAACCAGGUGGGAGCAUUAGUCGCAGAAGAAAGAUUGAGAUUACUGCCGCCCCAUUGUGCAGCCAUCCUCCCGUUUUUCUCUUGUUUUGUAUGAUUUAAAUGUGAAUGUAAAUUACACUUAUUUAUUUUAAAAUGUAUUUAAAUAUAUACUGUAUGUGUUUUGAGCCAUGAAAAUCAACCUUGCUACUUGAAAAUCUGCAUUUUUACUUCAAACUGAAAAAAUCUA